AUGGUGAAAAGGAAAAGCUCAGAGGGCCAGGAGCAGGAAAGCGGCCGUGGCAUCCCUCUGCCCAUCCAGACCUUCCUAUGGAGGCAAACCAGUGCAUUUUUAAGACCUAAACUGGGGAAACAAUAUGAAGCUUCCUGUGUGUCUUUUGAAAGAGUUUUAGUAGAGAACAAGCUGCAUGGCCUGUCUCCAGCUCUCUCUGAAGCCAUCCAGAGCAUUUCUCGCUGGGAACUUGUCCAAGCUGCGCUCCCGCAUGUGCUGCACUGCACUGCAACAUUGCUGUCGAACCGAAACAAGCUAGGACAUCAGGAUAAGCUUGGAGUAGCUGAAACUAAGCUUCUUCACACUCUUCACUGGAUGCUGCUGGAGGCCCCACAGGACUGCAGCAAUGACCAAUUUGGAGGAGACAGAGGAUCUGGUUGGGGAGGGAGCAGUAGUGCCUUUAUCCACCAGGCUGAAAACCAAGGAUCACCAGGACAUCCUCAGCCCAGCACCACGAAUGAUGAGGAGGAGAAUAACAGAAGGAAGUUCUUCCAGAACUCCAUGGCCACAGUGGAGCUCUUUGUGUUCCUCUUCGCUCCCCUUGUCCACAGGAUUAAAGAGUCUGACCUGACAUUUCGGUUGGCCAGUGGCCUUGUUAUUUGGCAGCCUAUGUGGGAACACAGGCAGCCUGAAGUUUCUGCCUUCAACGCCCUUGUAAAACCAAUCAGGAACAUCGUUACAGCUAAGAGAAGUUCUCCCACCAACAAUCAGAGUGUGACUUGUGAAUUCCCUAAUCUAGACAGUGGACAUACCGAGGGACUACAGGUGGUGUGUGAGACGACCCAGUCUGACUCUGUACAUCCAAAGGCCACUGUUUCAGCAUGUCGUCGUGGAAAUUCCUUGGAUGGAAGCAUAUCCUCUCAAACCUCACAGGAGAGGGGUACCUCACAUCCCAGGGUGUCCUUGGUGAUCCCACCAUGCCAGAAGUCUCGCUAUGCUACAUACUUCGAUGUGGCAGUGCUGCGUUGCCUGCUGCAGCCGCACUGGUCUGAGGAGGGCACACAGUGGUCAUUAAUGUACUACCUGCAGAGGCUGAGGCAUAUGCUCCAGGAAAAGCCCGAGAAACCACCUGAGCCUGAAAUCACCCCUUUACCAAGACCUCGCAGCAGCUCCAUGGUGGCUGCUGCACCCUCUCUGGUGAAUACCCAUAAAACUCAGGAUCUUACCAUGAAAUGUAAUGAGGAAGAAAAAUCACUAAGCACAGAGGCAUUUUCCAAGGUUUCACUGACCAACUUACGUAGACCAGCAGUUCCAGAUCUCUCCACAGACCUGGGGAUGAAUAUCUUCAAAAAAUUUAAGAGCCGCAAAGAGGACAGGGAGCGUGAGCGCAAAGGGUCAAUUCCUUUCCACCAUACUGGGAAGAAGCGGCAACGAAGGAUGGGAGUGCCGUUCCUCCUCCACGAGGACCAUUUGGAUGUCUCGCCCACCCGCAGCACUUUCUCCUUCGGCAGUUUCUCUGGAAUUGGAGAGGACCGACGUGGCAUUGAGAGAGGGGGAUGGCAAACCACCAUAUUAGGAAAGUUUACCAGACGGGGGAGCUCUGACACAGCAACGGAGAUGGAGAGCCUGAGCGCUAGGCAUUCACACUCCCAUCAUACACUGAUCUCGGAUCUGCCAGACCACUCAAACAGCCAUGGAGAGAACACAGUCAAAGACGUGCGGUCCCAGAUUUCCACCAUCACUGUGGCAACCUUCAACACUACCCUGGCCUCAUUUAAUGUAGGCUACGCCGAUUUCUUCAGCGAACACAUGCGGAAGCUUUGCAACCAGGUGCCCAUCCCUGAGAUGCCCCAUGAACCACUCGCGUGUGCCAACCUCCCACGGAGCCUGACAGACUCCUGCAUCAAUUACAGUUGCUUGGAGGAUACGGAUCACAUUGACGGAACCAACAACUUUGUCCACAAGAACGGCAUGCUGGAUCUCUCGGUGGUUCUGAAGGCUGUUUACUUGGUCCUGAACCAUGACAUCAGUUCCCGGAUUUGCGAUGUGGCACUGAACAUUGUGGAAUGCUUACUCCAGCUUGGUGUGGUGCCCUGUGUAGAGAAGGUUCGUAGGAAGAGUGAGAACAAAGAAAAUGAAGCCCCUGAAAAGAGACCAAGUGAGGGAUCCUUCCAGCUCAAAGGGACUGCUUCUGGUGGUUCAGCUUGUGGAUUUGUACCCCCUCCAGUUAGUGGAGCAGGAGAUGGAGGAGAAGAAGGAGGUGGUGGAAGUGGUGGAGGAGGUGGAGGUGGAAGUGAUGGAGGUGGUGGAGGAGGAGGAGGGCCAUAUGAGAAGAAUGACAAAAAGCAGGAAAAGGAUGAAGGCCCAUCUGUCAGCACCCAUAGGCUGGCACUCACAAUGCUGAUCAAAAUUGUGAAGUCCCUGGGUUGUGCCUAUGGUUGUGGAGAAGGACACCGAGGGCUCUCUGGAGACCGCCUGAGACACCAGGUAUUCCGGGAGAAUGCUCAGAACUGCCUCACAAAGCUGUACAAACUGGAUAAGAUGCAGUUCCGGCAUACUAUGAGGGAUUAUGUGAACAGGGAUUCUCUCAAUAAUGUGGUGGAUUUCCUACAUGCUUUGCUGGGAUUCUGCAUGGAGCCAGUCACUGACAACAAGGCUGGAUUUGGGAAUAACUUCGCCACAGUGGACAACAAGUCUACAGCCCAGAGUGUAGAAGGUAUUAUUGUGAGUGCCAUGUUCAAGUCGUUGAUCACUCGCUGUGCUUCCACUACACACGAGCUGCACAGCCCUGAAAACCUGGGCUUGUACUGUGAUAUCCGACAGCUGGUCCAGUUUAUCAAGGAGGCUCAUGGGAAUGUAUUUCGGAGAGUGGCACUCAGUGCCCUCUUAGACAGUGCUGAAAAGCUGGUACCAGGAAAAAAACUAGAGGAAACGGAGCAAGAGCCAAAACCUUCUGGGAGCAAGAGAUCUGAGGCGGGAAGUGUCAUCAUUGACAAAGGCCAGGCAUCAGCUGCCCCUGAUGAGUGCCGGAGUUACAUCUCAAGCCGCCCAAUGCAAACUCCAGAACAUGAUGAGCAAAUCCAAGGGGCUGUUUUGGGACGCAAGGACUUCUGGCGAAAGAUGUUCAAGUCACAGAGUGCAGCAAGUGAUACCAGUAGUCAGUCUGAGCAGGACACGUCCGAGUGCACCACUGCUCACUCUGGGACCACCACAGACAGACGCUCCCGCUCCCGCUCCCGCCGAAUCUCCCUUCGAAAGAAACUCAAACUCCCCUUAGGGAACUGGCUGAAGCGUUCCUCCCUCUCUGGCCUGGCUGACGGGGUGGAGGAUCUCCUAGAUAUCAGCUCUGUUGACCGUCUGUCUUUCAUCAGACAGAGUUCCAAGGUGAAGUUUACCAGCGCAGUGAAGCUGUCAGAAGGAGGGGGGCCAGGAGGUGGCCUGGACAAUGGGCGAGAUGAAGAGGAGAAUUUCUUCAAGCGUCUUGGUUGCCAUAGCUUUGAUGAUCACUUGACCUCCAACCAAGAAGGAGGAAAAUCCAAGAAUGUUGUGAACCUGGGAGCAAUCCGUCAAGGCAUGAAACGCUUUCAGUUUCUCCUGAACUGCUGUGAACCAGGCACAAUCCCUGAUGCCUCCAUUUUGGCAGCAGCCCUAGAUCUUGAAGCUCCUGUAGUGGCAAGAGCAGCUUUGUUCCUUGAGUGUGCACGCUUCGUUCACCGCUGUAAUCGUGGCAACUGGCCCGAGUGGAUGAAGGGCCACCAUGUGAAUAUUACUAAGAAAGGUUUGUCCCGUGGACGUUCUCCUAUUGUGGGCAACAAAAGGAACCAGAAGCUACAGUGGAAUGCAGCUAAGCUCUUCUACCAGUGGGGAGAUGCAAUUGGUGUCCGCCUCAAUGAGCUGUGCCAUGCUGAGAGUGAGAGCCCUGCCAACCUGCUGGGCCUCAUUUAUGAUGAGGAGACCAAGAGACGCCUGAGAAAGGAGGAUGAGGAAGAAGACUUUUUAGAUGACAGCACUGUGAAUCCUACCAAAUGUUGUUGUCCCUUUGCACUGAAAAUGGCAGCAUGUCAGCUUCUCCUAGAGAUAACCACUUUCCUUCGAGAGACCUUCCCCUACAUGCCCAGACCACGUACUGAGCCUCUUGUGGAUCUGGAGAGUUGCAGGCUGCGUCUGGACCCUGAGAUGGACAGACACAGGUAUGAAAGAAAGAUCAGCUUUGCUGGGGUUCUGGAUGAAAAUGAAGAUUCAAAGGAUUCCCUGCACAGUAGCAGCCACACCCUGAAAUCUGAGGCUGGUUUCGAGGAGAAAAAAGUUCCCAGCAGGAAGAUCAGGAUAGGAGGCUCCCGCUUGCUCCAGAUUAAAGGAACCCGCAGUUUCCGGGUGAAGAAGGGGGGUUCCCUUUCCAGCAUUCGCCGGGCCGGCAGCCUAAAGAGCACCAAGUUAUCACGGCAGGACUCAGAGUCUGAGAAUGAGGAGCUGCAGCUGUCCCACAGCAGGGACACUGUCACUGAUAUAGAAGGGAGCCCGUGGAGCGCGAGCGAACCUAGCAUUGAGCCCGAGGUACUGAGCAACACAGGCACGGAGGAGAACUAUCAUCGGAACAUGUCAUGGCUGCAUGUUAUGAUCCUGUUGUGCAACCAGCAAAGUUUCAUAUGUACCCAUGUUGACUACUGUCACCCACACUGCUACCUCCAUCACAGCCGGUCUUGUGCUCGCCUUGUCCGGGCCAUCAAACUCCUGUAUGGAGACACAGUAGACUCUCUGCGAGAAAACAGCACAUUGAACAGUGUGGCAAGAGGCAAAAAACAAAAGGAGUGCUCAGACAAGUCAUGCUUGAGAACUCCUUCUCUAAAAAAGAGAGUGAUUGAUAUCAACUUGGAAGGGAAGAAGGACUCUGGAAUGCUAAAAUACAUCAGGCACCAGGUAAUGAGCCUCUCUCCUGCACCUUUAUCCCUGCUGAUUAAGGCAGCUCCUGUCCUCACAGAAGAGAUGUAUGGGGACAUCCAGCCAGCAGCGUGGGAGCUCCUGCUCAGUGUGGAUGAGCAUAUGGCUGGAGCAGCAGCUGCCAUGUUCCUGCUGUGUGCUGUGAAAGUGCCAGAAGCCGUUUCUGACAUGCUGAUGUCCGAAUUUCAUCACCCAGAGACGGUGCAAAGACUGAAUGCCAUUCUCAAAUUUCACACCCUCUGGAGGUUUAGGUAUCAAGUCUGGCCAAGGAUGGAAGAGGGAGCACAGCAGAUCUUUAAGAUCCCUCCUCCAAGCAUAAACUUCACUCUGCCUUCUCCUGUCCUGGGAAUGCCAUCUGUGCCUAUGUUUGACCCCCCCUGGGUCCCUCAGUGCAGUGGGAGUGUGCAAGACCCUAUAAAUGAAGAUCAGUCAAAGUCAUUUUCAGCCAGAGCUGUGUCACGCUCCCAUCAACGAGCAGAGCACAUCCUGAAGAACCUGCAGCAGGAGGAAGAGAAGAAGCGUCUGGGCCGGGAAGCCAGUCUUAUCACCGCCAUCCCCAUCACUCAGGAAGCCUGCUACGAGCCAACCUGCACACCAAGCUCAGAGCAGGAAGAAGAAGUAGAAGAAGUUGCCAACCUGGCCUCCCGCCGUCUCUCUGUGAGUCCUUCCUGCACCUCCAGCACGUCUCACAGGAACUAUUCUUUCCGCCGUGGCUCUGUCUGGUCAGUGCGGUCAGCAGUCAGUGCAGAAGAUGAAGAACACACUACAGAGCAUACUCCAAACCAUCAUGUGCCACAGCCGCCUCAAGCUGUUUUUCCAGCAUGCAUCUGUGCAGCAGUGCUCCCCAUUGUCCAUUUGAUGGAAGAUGGAGAAGUCCGGGAGGAUGGAGUAGCUGUAAGUGCUGUGGCUCAGCAGGUCCUGUGGAACUGUUUGAUUGAAGACCCCUCUACAGUUUUGCGCCAUUUCCUUGAGAAGCUCACAAUCAGCAACCGGCAGGAUGAGCUGAUGUAUAUGUUAAGGAAGCUUUUGCUGAACAUUGGAGACUUCCCUGCUCAGACAUCUCAUAUCCUUUUUAACUACUUGGUAGGUCUGAUCAUGUAUUUUGUACGCACACCAUGUGAGUGGGGCAUGGAUGCCAUUUCUGCCACACUUACCUUCCUUUGGGAAGUGGUGGGUUAUGUAGAAGGACUCUUUUUCAAGGAUCUCAAGCAGACUAUGAAGAAGGAACAAUGUGAAGUGAAGCUACUGGUGACUGCUUCAAUGCCAGGCACAAAAACCCUUGUUGUGCAUGGACAGAAUGAGUGUGAUAUCCCAACUCAGUUACCAGUCCAUGAGGACACACAGUUUGAGGCUCUUCUGAAGGAGUGUUUGGAGUUUUUUAACAUACCUGAAACACAGUCAUCUCAUUACUUUUUAAUGGAUAAGCGAUGGAAUCUUAUUCAUUACAACAAGACAUACGUCCGUGACAUUUAUCCUUUCCGGAGGUCAGUUUCUCCCCAGCUCAACCUGGUGCAGAUGCAUCCAGAAAAGGGUCAAGAGCUCAUUCAGAAGCAGGUGUUCACCCGCAAGCUAGAAGAGGUGGGACGAGUGUUGUUCCUCAUAUCCCUGACCCAGAAAAUCCCUGCUGCCCACAAGCAGUCCCAUGUAUCUAUGCUCCAGGAGGACCUCCUCCGCUUGCCUUCAUUUCCCCGAAGUGCCAUUGAUGCUGAGUUCUCGCUCUUCAGUGAUCCCCAAGCUGGGAAAGAGCUCUUUGGUCUGGACACUCUUCAGAAAAGCUUGUGGAUUAAGCUGCUGGAGGAGAUGUUCCUUGGCAUGCCUAGCGAGUUCCCCUGGGGGGAUGAGAUCAUGCUCUUCUUGAAUGUCUUUAAUGGUGCCCUGAUCCUGCAUCCUGAGGAUAGUGCCUUGUUGAGGCAGUAUGCUGCCACAGUCAUCAACACAGCUGUGCACUUUAACCACCUCUUCUCCCUCAGCGGAUACCAGUGGGUCCUCCCCAGUAUGUUGCAGGUAUAUGCUGACUAUGAAAGCAACCCGCAGUUGCGCCAAGCGAUUGAGUUUGCCUGCCGCCAGUUCUACGUUCUGCAUCGAAAGCCCUUUAUCCUGCAGCUGUUUGCAAGUGUGGCCCCUCUCCUGGAAUUCCCAGAUGCUACAAACAAUGGAACCAGCAAAGGAGUGUCAGCUCAGUGUCUGUUUGAUCUGCUGCAGUCUUUAGAGGGAGAUACUCCAGACAUUUUGGACAUCUUAGAGCUGGUGAAAGCAGAAAAACCUCUCAAGUCACUAGACUUCUGCUAUGGAAAUGAAGAUUUGACCUUUUCGAUCAGUGAAGCCAUCAAGCUGUGUGUGACAGUGGUGGCCUAUGCUCCUGAAUCAUUCAGAAGCCUCCAGAUGCUGAUGGUCUUGGAAGCACUGGUCCCCUGUUACUUGCAGAAACUGAAGCAACAAACCUCUCAAGCAGAAACUGUGACAGCAGCUCGUGAGGAGAUUGCUGCAAUGGCUGCCCUUGCCACCUCUUUGCAGGCCCUCUUGUACAGCGUAGAAGUUCUUACCAGGCCUAUGACAGCCCCACAGAUGAGUCGCUGUGACCAAGGCCACAAAGGGACCACAACAGCAAACCACACCAUGUCAGCAGGUGUGAACACCAGGUACCCAGAACAGGGAGCUAAACUACACUUUAUCAGAGAGAACCUUCACCUACUGGAGGAGGGCCAGGGUCUUCCCCGAGAGGAACUGGAUGAACGAAUUGCCAGAGAGGAGUUCAGGAGACCGCGGGAGUCAUUACUGAACAUCUGCACAGAGUUUUACAAGCACUGUGGUCCGAGGCUGAAGAUUUUGCAGAAUCUGGCUGGUGAGCCCCGAGUGACUUCUCUGGAGCUGCUGGAUGUGAAGUCCCACAUGAGAUUGGCAGAAAUUGCACAUUCCCUGCUGAAGCUGGCACCUUACGACACACAGACAAUGGAAAGCCGAGGUCUGCGGCGCUACAUCAUGGAGAUGCUGCCCAUCACUGACUGGACGGCGGAAGCGGUGAGACCUGCCCUUAUCCUCAUCUUAAAGAGAUUGGAUCGUAUGUUCAAUAAAAUUCACAAGAUGCCUACUUUGAGGCGCCAGGUUGAGUGGGAGCCUGCCAGCAAUUUGAUUGAAGGGGUUUGUUUGACACUUCAGAGGCAGCCAAUCAUAUCCUUCUUGCCUCACCUUAGGUCUCUGAUCAAUGUGUGUGUCAAUCUGGUGAUGGGAGUGGUAGGACCCUCCAGUGUGGCUGACGGAUUACCCCUUCUUCAUCUCAGCCCUUAUCUCUCGCCACCUCUGCCCUUCAGCACAGCUGUUGUCCGGCUUGUAGCAUUGCAGAUACAGGCUUUGAAAGAAGAUUUCCCCCUAAGCCAUGUCGUCUCCCCAUUCACCAAUCAGGAAAGAAGGGAAGGAAUGCUUUUAAACCUACUGAUUCCAUUUGUGCUCACAGUAGGAUCUGGAAGCAAAGACAGCCCCUGGCUGGAGCAGCCAGAGGUCCUGCUGCUGCUCCAGACUGUUAUCAAUAUCCUCCUACCACCUCGCAUCAUCAGCACUUCCCGCAGCAAGAAUUUCAUGCUGGAGAGCUCCCCUGCCCACUGCUCCACCCCCGGGGAUGCGGGGAAGGACCUGAGGCGGGAAGGGCUCGCAGAGUCCACCAGCCAGGCUGCCUACUUGGCCCUGAAGGUGAUCCUUGUUUGCUUUGAACGCCAACUGGACAGCCAGUGGUACUGGCUGAGCCUGCAAGUCAAAGAGAUGGCCCUGCGGAAGGUGGGAGGGCUGGCCCUGUGGGAUUUCCUCGACUUUAUCGUACGAACACGGAUCCCUAUCUUUGUGCUCCUUCGACCCUUCAUCCAGUGCAAGCUGCUGGCCCAACCUGCUGAGAACCACGAGGAGCUGACUGCCCGACAGCACAUCGCUGACCAGCUGGAGCGGCGAUUCAUCCCACGCCCGCUCUGCAAGAGCUCCCUCAUUGCCGAGUUCAACAACGAGCUCAAGAUCCUGAAGGAAGCGGUGCACAGUGGCUCUGCUUACCAAGGGAAGACAUCUGUCAGCACCGUGGGCACCUCCACCUCUGCGUACCGCCUGAGCCUGGCCACCAUGUCCCGCUCCAACACUGGCACGGGCACGGUCUGGGAGCAGGACAGUGAGCCCUCCCAGCAGGCCUCACAGGACACCCUGAGCCGCACAGAUGAGGAGGAUGAAGAAAAUGACUCCUUGAGCAUGCCCAGUGUGGUAAGUGAACAAGAAGCAUACCUUAUGGGUGCCAUUGGGAGGAGGCGGUUCUCCAGCCAUCUCUCCAGCGUGUCUGCACCUCAGGCUGAGGUGGGCAUGUUACCCAGCCAAAGUGAACCUAAUGUCCUCGAUGACUCCCCGAGCCUGGCCACUGAGGGCAGCCUCUCUAGGGUGGCGAGCGUGCAGAGCGAGCCAGGACAGCAGAACCUUCUCCUGCAGCAGCCCCUGGGGCGGAAGAGAGGCCUGCGGCAGCUUCGCCGACCACUGCUGUCACGUCAGAAAACUCAGACAGAGCCUCGCAGCCGUCACGGAGCUCGGCUUUCAACCACACGGCGCAGCAUCCAGCCCAAGCCCAAACCCAGCGCGGAGCAGAAGCGGUCGGUGACUUUCACCGAGGCGCAGCCUGAGGCUACAGCCGGCUCCGGCGGGGAGGCGCCGGCCCCAGCCGCCCCGCAGCCGGGCUGCAGCCGCGGCAGCCCCCGCUCCGCGCAGCAGCAGCCCCUCGGCAGCCCGGCGCUCAGCUCCUCGCCUGCCAUCGUGGUGGCUGAUCUCCACUGCCAGACCCCUGCACAGAGCGAGGCACUUUCUGCUGAGAAGGAGAAGGAAAAAGAGGAAGGCUUGGAGUCCCGGCCGGCGACGGCACAAAGCACCCCACCCACGCAGCUCUCUGACGCUGAGGACUACGCUGGCCUCGAGACCACCAGCCUGCUGCAGCAUGGGGACACGGUCCUGCACAUCAGCGAGGACAACGGCAUGGAGAACCCCUUGCUAACCACGCACUUCAGCUUCACGCACGUGGAGCUUGGGGAGACGGACGUCGACCUAGAUGAAUCUCAUGUUUAAC